GGGCAUUGGACGUUGGACAUUGGACGCGAACACCUGCGCCGUGUCUCUUCCCUCGACGAGACACGGUAUGGCCGCGGCCGUUGCGUGUGAGAAGACGCAGUGUGGGUUCGAGGCCGAGUCGGUCUGGCCGCACGUAUUGGGAGACCGAAGCAUGUACAGUAUCCCGACGCCGGCAGGCCAGCGGGGAGCUACCAACCGGGUCCCGGUCCCGGCCACGAGCCAUCAUCAGCACCACCAUAGCACCAGGACGAGCGUUUUCCACAUCCUCCACCCACCCUGUUCGCCCUGGACCCGCGCAAGCCCCAUCCCAGGGAGAGACAGGCUGCAGAGGCCGCAGAGGCCCGCAGAGGCCGAGAGACCACAGGGUCCACAGAGUUCACAGACACCACAGAGACCCUGUCACUCUGCUCUGUCAGUAUGCACACGCACACUUGCUCAGUACGUAUUGUACGGCGAGUGGUGGCCCUGCCGAGGGUGCCCUGUCAUGGGCUCGCGGUAGCCCUGUCAUGGAAGGUGCUGAAGCUGCUGAAGGUGCGGAAGCCUGCCCAGGGAACCGGGGGGGAGG